AGAACUACUCGUACGUUUUAAGUGAAAUGGAUGAGACCCCACACGAGUUUGGUUUCUUAUCAUAGUUCUACGAAUGUCGCACUCGCAAACCAUAGUGCUAUUAUAGAAUUCUUGAUUGCAAUGUCGAUUCAGAGCGGAAUCUAGCUGGCUACCUGCUGCUCUUGUUCUUGGUUCUUGAAGGUCAAACCCCGUUGUACUCUAGCGCUACUGGUGAGCAAGAGCUCGACUUUCAACGGAAAAAUCUUCCCAAGAAAUCAAUUGCAACGGCGCCUGCGUCAGUGCUUUAGUGGAGGGAGCAGAUGUACGUGACCGUCUCUGCAAAGGGUGGGGUUUCUUGGGGUUUUGAUAGGGGAGUGACCACGUGGAGGUUACUGGUUUUGGUCGUCGUCAUCCUCGUUGCUCUUCCCAAAUUAACGAUAUCUAAUUUUCAACGGUCGCUGUCUCUGAUGCAAUGGCAACUGCGAAAAGUAGGCAUUUCCAGUAAGGCAAGUACACCGACACCCAUCAUGGCUCAGAGCUCGAACUUGACAAAGGACUCUCGUGUUGAAGGGCCAGUGGAACAAGAUUUCACAUUUCCUGCAAAAUCUGCUCCUUUCAAUAACUGCCACGCUUCAACCAUUGUCGAGGUUAACGAAGAUCACUUCUUGGUUGCUUAUUUUGGAGGUACAGAAGAGGGGGCACCUGAUGUUAAAAUAUGGUUGCAGAGAUAUCAGCAUGGGCGCUGGCAUCCGCCUAUAAUCAUCGAUGAACAAGAAGAUGUUCCCAUGUGGAAUCCUGUCUUAUACAAAUUUCCAUCAGGGGAGCUCUUGCUGUUCUACAAGAUAGGGCAAGAUUUCCAAAGAUGGAGCGGAUUCUUGAAAAGAUCUUAUAACCAAGGUGUCAGCUGGUCUGAAAGAGAACAACUUCCACCAGGCAUAUUAGGACCAAUUAAGAAUAAGCCUAUCUUGCUUGAUAAUGGAGACUUGCUAUGUGGAUCCUCAGUGGAAAGUUGGAAUUCUUGGGGUGCAUGGAUGGAGAUCACUCCAGACGCUGGUAGAACAUGGAGGAAGUAUGGCCCAAUUUACUUAAAGAAUGAGUCUCUGAGUGUGAUCCAACCAGUUCCCUUCAAGACUGCAAGAGGCACCCUGCGUGUUCUAUUACGAUCAUUCACUGGAAUUGACCGAAUUUGCAUGUCAGAAUCCCAUGACGGGGGCAUGAAUUGGGGUUAUGCAGAAUUUACUGAACUCCCAAAUCCAAAUUCAGGUAUUGAUGGGGUUAAGCUGAAGAAUGGCCUUCUCAUAGUUGCUUACAAUACAAUUUCAAGGGGCAUACUCAAAGUUGCUGUAUCCUUGGAUGAUGGUGAUUCUUGGCACGAAGCUCUGACCCUAGAAGAAAACUUAGAGAUGGAGUUCUCAUAUCCUGCUGUCAUCGAGGCUAGUGAUGGAUCAGUUCACGUUACCUAUACAUAUAACAGAACUCAAAUUAAGCAUGUUGUUCUUCAUGUUACUUGACAGUGAUCCUGUUGGAACAAAAAGCCAGUAGGCAAGGCUGAAUCAGCUUUACUUUCUCAUCAUCAUUCUCAGAGGGACAUUGAUACUGAGUAAAUAUGAGCUUUACUUUCCCAACACCAUUCUCAGAAGAAUUUGAGGCAGGCAACCAAGAACAAGAAAAAGUUGUCAACUCAGGGUACAGUGUUGGAUGGAUUAGUGAGACCUUGCUUAACAUUGUAUCGUGUGGCAUCCAUGUACUAGGAUAUGGGGUGUGUUCAUGUUUUUCUCCAUGUUGGUUUGCCUUUUUCUGUAGAACCUCUGAAUGGACUAGAUUUAAUUGUAUAUUUCUUUCGAUUUCACUGGAUUAAAAAAAAAAAAA